GGCUGUCAGCAGAGGUUAGCCAACUAUGCUAGCGUUCCCUGAGUCGUGCAGUAUAACGCCAGCAUUGUUUCAGCUUAUUCAUUGUGGUUUGAUGAUGCGAUAGACUAACACUCCGCUUGCCAGACUCUUUUGUACCCUUUUCUUCGAUACAGUUGAUUAGUGUUAAUGUACUUAAGCCUAUGAUGGACGCUGUGCUGUGGCAAUGUUGGCGAAGGCUGCUACCCUGUCAGCCAAGGGUUCUGACACAACCUAAAAGGGUUCUCUCCGGCUUCACUGGGCAAACACUGAGGGUCGGCACUGCCCGUUCCAAUCACACACCUCCACUGCUGGUGUCACGGCUCUUCCAGCCUUCCAACCUGCGUGAGAUGAAAGAGCCAGGGCCGGAGGGCCAGGCAGGAGAGAUGACCUGCCGGAGCCAGAAACUGAUGAUGAAGGGUGGUCUCAUCUACCCCUCCAAUCCGGGCUGUUACUACUACCUCCCAGCCAUGGUGCGUUCCAUGGAGAAGCUGGUGCGACUCAUUGAUCAGGAGAUGCAAGGCAUUGGAGGGCAGAAACUGGACAUGCCCAGUCUGUGCUCUGCAGAGCUCUGGCAACGUAGUGAGCGCUGGGACCUCAUGGGAAAGGAACUGUUCCGGCUGAGGGACCGUCACGGGGCAGAGUAUUGCCUGGGGCCCACACAUGAAGAAGCAGUCACUGAGCUGCUGGCCUCACAAGGCAACCUGUCUUACAGACAGCUCCCCCUGCUGCUCUACCAGGUAACGCGGAAGUUUCGGGAUGAGCCCAAGCCAAGAUUUGGACUGCUGCGGGGCCGGGAGUUCUACAUGAAGGACAUGUACUCCUUUGACAUUAGUGAAGAGGCUGCCCUUAUCACCUACCAGGCCGUGUGCCAGGCCUACAAUCGUCUGUUUUCCCGUCUGGGACUGCACUGUGUCCAGGUGCAGGCUGACACUGGGAACAUUGGGGGUAGACUGUCCCAUGAGUUCCAGCUGCUGGCAGACAUUGGCGAGGAUAGGUUGAUGGUCUGUGGGAAUUGCGCUUUCUCUGCCAAUGCAGAAACUAUAGAACCAGGUCAGACGGAUUGUCCACAGUGCAGCAGGGGAACACUGACAGAGUCAAAGGGUAUUGAGGUGGGGCACACAUUCUACCUUGGCACUAAGUACUCACACAUAUUCAAUGCUACGUACAACAAUUCCCAGAACAAGCCUGUGGUUGCAGAGAUGGGUUGCUUUGGUCUGGGAGUCACGCGUAUCUUGGCUGCAGCCAUUGAGGUACUCUCCUCUGAAGAUGCCAUCCGCUGGCCAAGCCUGCUGGCACCCUACCAGGUCUGUGUCCUGCCUCCCAAGAGUGGCAGCAAAACAGCAGAGUUAGCUGGUGUAGCAGAAGAGCUCUGCCAUAGCCUGGGGGAGUCGCUACAAAAUCUCAAAGGGGAAGUAGUCCUGGAUGACCGCACACAACUGACCAUUGGAAAGCGUUUGAAGGAUGCCAUCCGUUUAGGAUACCCGUAUGUGAUUGUGGUUGGGAAGAGUGCAGCUGAUGAGCAGCCACAGUUUGAGGUGCUCUGCCAGCAAAGUGGAGAGACAGUGUUUCUCAGCAGGGAGGGGCUGAUGGACCUCUUGGGAAAUGCAGAGACAGUCUAAACUGAAAUUCUGUACUCUCCUCAAACAUUUUAGAGUCUGUGGGACUCCUGGACAAAGGUUGUCAAUAACUUGAAAA